GAAAACUGGGAAGCCCAUGAGGGCCCACCCUGCCAGGUUCCAUUUCCUCUAGGAUGCCCUGACUGCCUCAGUAUAUACUAAGUACUGUGAGGGUGACUCCAGCAGGGGCCUUGUUGUUACUCUCUUUAAGGGUAGGGGUGCAGGGAGCUCAUUCUCAAGGCAAGGAAGCUUAGCUGGGAGCGUGGUCAUCUGUGUAUUCAUUUAGCAAGUACAUGCCUUGUAGUGUUUGUGUUCUUACGAUAUAUCAGUAAACAAAAUAGCCUAUGCUCUAAUGUUGAGGUUAUAUAUAAUAGAUAAUAAGUAUGACAGGUAAACUAAAUGGCAGUGUUAGAAUGUGGUAAACACUGGAAAAAGGAAAAACUAGGACAAGCAAGGUCGGGAUUGGGCAUAUUGGAGGAUGGGAGUGGUUUAUAAGUUUACGUGUUCACAAAGUAGGCCUUACUGAAGUGACUUUUGUGUAAAGACUUGAAGAAGGUGAGUCAGCUAUAUAGAUAUCUAAGGGAAUAAGAGCAUUCCAGGAAGGGGGACAGCCAGUACAAAGGCAGGAAUGUUCCAGGUACAUUCCUUGGAAUGAAUGAGAAAGAUAGAAGGAGAUGAGUUUAAAAAGGUGAUGGGGAAAAGUAGCAUAUCAUGCAGGGAAUUGUAUCCCAAAAUAAGGACUUUGGCUGUUGCUCUGGAUGAGAUGGGGAGCCACUACUGGGUUUUAUUUUGCAGAGCAGUGAUGCCCUCUAACUUUUAAAGGUUCACUUUUCAGCCAGGCGCAGUGGCUCAAGCCUGUAAUCCCAGCACUUUGGGAGGCCGAGGUGGGUGGAUCACGAGGUCAAGAGAUCGAGACCAUCCUGGGCAACAUGGUGAAAUCCUGUCUCUACUAAAAAUACAAACAAUUAGCUGGGCAUGGUGGCACGUGCCUGUAAUCCCGGCUACUCAGGAGGCUGAGGCAGGAGAAUUGCCUGAACCCAGGAGGUGGAGGCUGGGUAACAAGAGGGAAACUCCGUCUCAAAAAAAAAAAAACAACUUCACUUUUCCAGCCUUAAGAAGUUUAGUUUUAGAAAAGUUUACUCUGGCUGUUGUGUCAAAAGUAGAAUGGAGAGGGACAACGGUGAGAGUUAGGAACUAAUAUAGGCACUGAGAAACGGUGGCUGAAACUAGGGUGGAAAGUAGAGAGGCGAUUCAUUUCUUUUUUUUUUUUUUUUUGAGAUGGAGUCUCGUUCUUGUUGCCCAGGCUACAGUGCAAUGGCAUGAUCUCUGCUCACCACAUCCUCCAUCUCCUGGGUUGGCCUUCCGAAUAGCUGGGAUUACAGGCACACGCCACCACACCUGGCUAAUUUUGUAUUUUUAGUAGAGAUGGGGUUUCCCCAUGUUGGUCAGGCUGGUCUGACCUUAGGUGAGCCACCUACCUCAGCCUCCCAAAGUGCUGGGAUUACAAGUGUGAGUCACUGUCUUUUUUUUUUUUUUUUUGAGAUGGAGUCUUGCUCUGUAGCCCAGGCUGGAGUGCAGUGGUGUGAUCUUGGCUCACUGCAACCUCUGCCUCCCGGAUCCUGGUUCAAGCAAUUCUCCUACCUCAGCCUUCCAAGUAGCUGAGAUUACAGGCACAAGCCACCAUGUCCAGCUAACUUGUAUUUUUUAGUAGAGACGGGGUUUCAUCAUAUUGGCCAGUCUGGUCUUGAACUCCUGAUCUUGUGAUCUGCCUGCCUUGGCCUCCCAAAUGCUGGGAUUACAGGCAUGAGCCACCGCGCCCUGCCUGAUUUUUUUUUCUUUUUCUCUCUUUUUAAAAAAAUUUUGUGGGUUUAGCACGAUGAGCUCCAUCGUCACCGGGUAUGACCUGUCAGCCUUUACAUUCUCUCUUGACGGAAGAGUUUUUCAAAUUGAAUAUGCUAUGAAGGCUGUGGAAAAUAGUAGUACAGCUAUUGGAAUCAGAUGUAAAGAUGCUGUUGUCUUUGGGGUAGAAAUAUUAGUCCUUUCUAAACUUUAUGAAGAAGGUUCCAACAAACAACUUUUUAAUGUUGAUCGGCAUGUUGGAAUGGCAGUAGCAGGUUUGUUGGCAGAUGCUCGUUCUUUAGCAGAUAUAGCAAGAGAAGAAGCUUCCAACUUUAGAUCUAACUUUGGCUACAACAUUCCACUUGCAGACAGAGUGGCCAUGUAUGCGCAUGCUGUUAGACCUUUGGGCUGCAGUUUCAUGUUAGGGUCUUGCAGUGUGAAUGACGGUGUGCAGCUCUGCAUGACUGACCCAUCAGGUGUUUCAUACAGUUAUUGGGGUUGUGCCAUUGGCAAAGCCAGGCAAGCUGCAAAGACGGAAAUAGAGAAGCUUCAGAUGAAAGAAAUGACCUGCCGUGAUAUUGUUAAAGAAGUUGCAAAAAUAAUUUACAUAGUACAUGAUAAAGUUAAGGAUAAAGCUUUUGAACUAGAACUCAGCUGGGUUGGUGAAUUAACUAAUGGAAGGCAUGAAAUUGUUCCAAAAGAUAUAAGGGAAGAAGCAGAGAAAUAUGCUAAGGAGGCCGGGCGCGGUGGCUCAAGCCUGGAAUCCCAGCACUUUUGGGAGGCUGAGGCGGGUGGAUCACGAGGUCAACAGAUCGAGACCAUCCUGGUCAACAUGGUGAAACCCCGUCUCUACUAAAAAUACAAAAAAUUAGCCGGGCAUGGUGGCGUGUGCCUGUAAUCUCAGCUACUCAGGAGGCUGAGGCAGGAGAAUUGCCUGAGCCCAGGAGGUGGAGGUUGCCGUGAGCCGAGAUCACACCAUUGCACUCCAGCCUGGGUAACGAGCGAAACUCUGUCUCAAAAAAAAAAAAGAAAAAAAAAAUAUGCUAAGGGGUCUCUGAAGGAAGAAGAUGAAUCAGAUGCUGAUAAUAUGUAACAUUUACUCCAGCAUCUAUUGUAUUUUAAAUUCCUACUCCACUGUAACUAUUUAGCCCUGUGGAUUAUAAAUACUCACUGUCCAAUUUUCAUUACAUUUUUGUCUUAUAAUGAAAAAAAAAAAUUUAUUUUUAGAGAAGUCCAUUUCCAAAUACAUUUUGGUAGUAAAAUGGGUAUUCUUAACAGAGAUAAGGUGGUUUAAGUGUUUUUGGCUUGGGAAAGUCAUAUGGAGUUGUCUUAGCAGGGAAGACAUAUGGGAGUUUGGUUUCAAACAUACUGAUGUGUUAAGAUGUCUUCUAGACAUAAAGGCUACGUGUGAGGAAGUCAGUUGAAUCAAUAUGUAUCCUCA